AUCCGUCGCUAAAAAUGUCACGACCCUCGCCCUUUCUCUAUGCCACGCCCAGAGCGGAGGUGGACUCGCUCGCGAUAUUACAUCUCAAACGCGACAGCCUGAUUCCCCUCACACUCGCCGAGAGCUCCGAUGAAGGGUAUGCCGAAGGGGCAGUCGCCAACACCCGCUUCGGCAGCUUCCCGCACAAGACAUUGAUCGGGCUCGACUGGGGCAGUCAGGUGCGCGCGAGCAAGGUUGACACAGGGAGCCGAGGACGCAAGGGCAAGAACAAGAAGCCAGAGGACACCGCCUCAGCACCAGCAGAAAAUGGCUCUGCGGAAGAGAAAGGCAGCAGGAAGCGAAAGUCGGAUGGGCAGGAAACAGAACUCGCAUCAUCACCUACAAAGAAGCGGAAACAGGAAGCAAACGGCGAUGCUCCAGCAGUGAAACCAGUCGAGGCGGGCUCAGGCUUCAUACACGUCUUGCCCCCAACUCCUGAGUCCUGGACAUCUUCGCUGGAUCAUCGAACACAGGUCGUGUACACGCCCGACUAUAGCUACAUCCUGCAACGACUACGAGUGCGACCUGGUAGCACCAUCAUCGAAGCCGGUGCAGGGAGCGGCAGCUUCACGCACGCUGCAACGAGAGCCGUCUUCAAUGGUUACCCUUCAGAAAGUAAGCGACGAAAAGUAGGCAGGGUGUACAGCUACGAAUACCAUGAGCCGCGAGUCGAGACACUUCGCCGGGAGAUCACAGAACACGGUCUUGAUGGCAUUGUCCAUCUCACACAUCGUGACGUCUGUAACGACGGCUUUCUUCUCGACGACGGCAGCUCACCCAAGACCGAUGCCAUCUUCCUUGAUCUUCCAGCGCCUUGGACUGCCCUGCAGAACUUGACGCGAGACGGACCUGAUUCUCCGCUCAAUCCUGAAAACCCCAUCCAGCUCUGCACUUUCUCGCCUUGUAUCGAACAAGUAAUAGCAACGUGCGCCGCAUUACGGAAGCUGGGCUGGGCCGAUAUCAGCAUGGUGGAAAUCCAGAACCAGCGAAUAGACGUGCGCCGAGAGCGCGUGGGCUUGAAAGAGGAAGGUCUAAGAGGCGUCAAUGCGACAGCUGCCAAUGUGAAUGAGGCAUUAGAGCGAUUACGACAGGACAUCAUCCCACAGGAGAGGAAGCGAGAGCAAGGCGGUGUGCUGACCAAGGCAGAAAGACUGGAGCAGAUCAAGCGAGAAGCAGAGGAGCGAAAGCUUUACAAGGAAGGCAGACUCGUGCAUCGAACUGAACCCGAAGUCAGGACACAUACAAGUUAUCUUGUAUUCGCUGUGCUACCACGCGCGUGGUCCGAAGAAGACGAGAGGAAGGCAGAGGAGGAGUUUCCUUUGGGAGACGUGAUGAAAGGAAGUCCCGCAAAGGAGAAGGUGACGCCGACCAAGGUUGAUGGGGCGGCGAAGUAGAAAGGAGUCGCUGCAGUUGAUCUGCCCGGCCGUAACAAGAGCUUGGCUUGAUCGCACGAAGGUGCUUUCGGCCCAGACGAGCGCAUUGGCUCUCUUGAUCUUACGUCGCACAGAACGAGCUGUGACCGGAGCAAGAACUGAUCCAGCUCAUUGGAUUCGGCCCAUCACCUUGGUUCUGCAGACCACCAACAAAGACCUUGAGGACUGCCGGACUUUCUGAGCAACCCUGAGCCCAAGCUCCUCAUCCUCACUGGCUCAACGCGUCGCACAGCGAGCAGACGACCCUCAAUUGCCGAACAGCAAGCAUGUCGUACAAAUCCAUAUCUCGAUCUGAAAAUGGAAAGCCAGAACCCAUCUCAUCUAGCGUGGCCUUGGCGUCUUUAGCAACUUUUCAGUCCAACAUCAACCCCAUACACAUCGGCCCCAUUGAUCAACCUAACCAGUUCUCCAAAUCAAGCUUCCCC